UUCACAUGCCACACUGACACUUCACGUCUCGCAUUCUGAGUUGCCAUAAUAUGUCUUCCCUUAUCAAUAUCAACUUGACUUAUCAACAUGGGCGCGUUUCUCUCGCAAGAAUCAGUUGAAGCUCAAUUCUCAGGCUUGCCUGUGGAGUUGAUAGGCAAUAUCAUCUCACUGUUGCCUCCAUGCGACGUCGCCAGCCUGAGGCUAAUGUCCAAAGCUUUUGCCGUUAUGGGCCGGCGAGGUCUCUUCAACGGCCGUCUCACUCUCCGAAUAUAUCGCGACGAUAUGCGCAGACUUACGGGUAUCGGGGGUUGUCCAUGGCUUGCGGCUUGUAUCCAGGAAAUCGAAAUCUUUGUAGCGGAGGUCGACUGCCAUCAUUUCGACUAUCAGCCCAGGGUAGAAAUAGACGAAGAUACUCUUGCCGAGCUGCAGUGUGUCUGGCGCUUCCUCGAAGUCAAUCGCUCUGGACUCUUUUGUCUUGAGGGUCUUCUCGCUACCGCUUUUCCGAGCUUCACGCAUGUGAAUUCCAUCGUCGUCACUUCCAGGAAGUUUCCCUUUGGCUUUAUCACGCAAAGCGACUCCCUCAGGCCCGCAUGGCGGCACAUCAUAGAAACCGCCGAGGACCCUUCUCAUCUCAACUCUCAUCGUCCUAGAUAUAAAGAAUCAACAGCUAGAUUUCCAAACCUUGUGCUAGCGGCUCGAGCCUACCUGCCACCCCUCACAAAGCUGGUUUUCGACCCUUUUCCGAUCGAGGCACUCAUUCGGCGCAAUCUCACGUCCAUGGAAGGCGCGAAAACAUCCAUGAUGACUGAGAUGAUCAAACUAUGCAACCGACUUCAGCAUUUACAGAUUGCCAUCGACGGGCACAGUGACGGCAGAUAUUACGACGGCCCAUCCAUUGGUCGAGCGAUGUCGAAAUUUCUCGGUUCUCUUUAUUACCUCCGUGCCUUGGAGCUAUCAUUCCCUCUGGCAAGAUUCACCACACCCGGUUACAUCGACCAUAUCUUUGGAAUCUACUUGCCUUGCCUGAGAACAUUCAAACUGGAAAAGAUCGGUGCUCCACCAGACGUCUUGCUCUCAUUCCUGAUCAGACACAAUGCUACACUUAGAGAACUACGUCUCUCUAGCACGGCUCUGUGUGUCCACACGGAAGAUUCGUUCAAAGAUUUCAUUACAGCGCUUCGAGAUUCUCUCAGACUAGAGAAUUUUGAAAUGUUCAAUUGGGACUCGAAAGAAGAGACGCUUUACGUGGAGGAACGAUGCCAAGAUCCAGGCGAAAUGUCCAGAAGGCUUGAGCAGUACGUAAAGGGCGAGGGGUCAUGGUGUUCGGGAGCUGAAUUGGCAUUUUCGAACGCAAGAAUUGUGCAAAACCCACUUGAAGGACACGAGACUCACGUACAAGUCAUCGAGCCGGAUCAAGAUUGAAGUAACCAAUUGAUAUCAAGUCAAGAUAGGAGCAACGAAAUCUAGGGCACUAUUAUUAUAUCAACAAGUUGCAACGUGAUUAUCUUUC